AUGCGUUUACCAAUUGAUACACAAAAUAGAUUAAAAUCAUCAUUUAUUAAAUUUUUAAGUGCAAUUAUUGCUUAUAUUGAUUCUUAUUUUGAUAAAAAUAUAACUUUUUAUCAAACAAUUAGCUAUUUUGGUCAAGAAAAUAUCGAAGGUUUAACAUGGCAUCAGGUUAUUCAAUGUGUUGAGAUAAUAAAAUUAAAAAGUUUAGAUGAAGAUCGAUUGUUCGAUGAAUUUACAAAUGUAAAAUCUGUAUUUAAAACACUUUUAGAUCAACCUGUUUCAUUAUUUGACCAAGUUCAAGCUUUCAUAAGAAAACAAAAUGAUAUAUCAAAAAUAAAUAAUUGUGUUGAUGAAAAAGAAGAUGAUGAUGAUGAUCACUUAACAACGAACAAAGUAGUUAAAUCUGAUCAGUUAUGGAUGUUUUUAUUUUCAAUUACUCAAUCGCCAAAUUUUAAAAAACUCAUAUGUUUUUUGUAUUCAUUACCAUGUAGUAAUGCUUUCGUGGAAUCUGUAUUCUCACAAAUGAAACAUUUGUUAAAUGACAGAAGAAAACGUAUGACAAAUGAAUUGGUUUCAGUUGAAUUAAAAAUACGUUUCAACUCGACCUUAUCAUGUACUGAGAUGUAUAAAUAUAUUUUAUGCAAUCAAGAUUUGUUAAAAGCUAUUAAGUUAUUUUCUGCCUUUCCAUCAUCAAAAGGUGGCAAGUCUGUAUCUGAUAGUAAAACGGAGCAUUUGCCAGGUCUUUUACCUCUUGCUCCUGGAAUGCCUGUUAUUUUAACACAAAAUAUUGCUAUUGAACUGGGUCUUAUUAAUGGAAUGAAUGGAAUCUUUCGACAACUUGUUUACGAAGAAGAGUCUGUAUCAACAGAAGUUCUUUCCGACACAUUUCUAAAUAACACACAAUAUAUCCAUCGACCUUUAUAUGCAUUAGUUGAAAUUACCAAAUCGAAGGUGGAAUAUAAUCUUACAUCACUUCAAUCAAAUCUUGUCCCAAUACCGUUAAUGGAACAAACAUUUCAAAUUAAUAUUACCGAUGUUUUACCAAAAGAUAAGAGACCAAAAUCAAAUCGAAAGGCAACUUUAUCAAUAAAGCGGCGUGCAUUACCACUUGUACCUGCUUACUGUAUUACUACACAUAAAAGUCAAGGGCAAACUCUAAAUAAUGUUGUAAUUGAUUUGAAGCUACCCAAGGAAAAUAAUGAUAUUGCUGCAAUUUAUGUACCUUUGUCACGUGUAAAACGCUUGGCCGAUCUUGUCAUUUUACGACAUUUUGAUUACCAGGUUUUAUUGAUGAAACCAAGUAAAUCACAACUUGCCGAAAUUAAAAGACUAGAUAAACUAUAUUCAGAAACACAAAAACGUUUUUCUCAGUGGUUUUAA